AUGGCCACAUCAUUUAAAUUCGAAUAUAUGAACAAAAAUAUUGAUGAACAUUUAAAAUGUCCAAUAUGUAAGAGUCCUUUUAUUGAUCCGGUUUCAACUCCAUGUCGACAUGCAUUCUGUCGGCAAUGUAUUAACGAUAAACUUUCCAAUAAAUCGUCCUGUCCAGAAUGUAAUCAAUCACUCUCGUCGAAGGAUUUAUCUCCUAUGGUUAUUUUCAUAUGCAAAAUGCUUGAUGAUCUUUUGGUAAAAUGUGUAAAUUGUGAACAAACUGGAAUUAAACGAAGUCAAUUUGAUCAUCAUCUUGAAGAAGUUUGUCCGAAAACAUUAGUUUCUUGUUCAGGUGCUGAUAUUCGUUGUCCUUGGACAGGACGAGUAAAUCAAUUAAAACUUCAUAAAGUCUCAUGUGAUUAUGAACGAUUACGAACGAUACUUACAGAGUUGAUUUCUGAAAAUGAAACACUCAAAGAAGAAAAGUAUCUAUGUGAAAAAUCAGCAUGUUCCAUAGAAGGUACGACAGCAAUUGCACAACUAACGAAAGAAGUUAAUUUUAUGCUAGAUUCAAUUUGUCAUCGAAAUGAAAAAUUAGAAAAGACAAUCAAACAAUUUACAAAGUAUUCUCCAAUUGACUUGCGUCUACAAAAACUGACUGAUUUAGACAUGGGAAUUAUUGUUCAGAAAGCAAUUAUUGAUUGUCAAUGUACUGUACUUGAACUUAAAGGGAACAUGUUUAGUGAUCUUUCUAUACCAAUUUUAAUACAUGGUUUAUAUAAUAAUACAUCAAUGACAAAAUUGAAUCUCAAUCACAAUCCAAUAGGUGAUACUGGCGUUCGUUUAUUAGCAGAAUUCUUUGCUAUGGAUAACACAAAUAUUGAGAAAUUAUAUCUUGGCAAUAUUAACCUUACUGAUCAAGGUGUGUAUUAUUUAGCUCAGAUGCUAAUAAACAACAGGACAUUAAAAGCUCUCGGUAUUUUUGAAAAUCCAUUUGGUGAUCAAGGUGUAAAAGAAUUAGCACGUGUAUUCACUCAACACAAAACAAGUCUUGACUAUUUAUAUAUGGAUUCCAUGAAUUCGAUAACGGAUGCAUCUGUUGAUGUUAUAAUCAAUAUGCUCAAUAAUACUCAAUCAUUACAGAAAAUUGGAAUGAGAAAUUGCGGCUUCAGUACACAUGGUGUAAAACGUCUUAAAGAAGGUCUAGGCAAAAACCUCUCUCAAAUAAUAUUUUAA